CUUCACUCAUGUCAAGCCGAGGUCGACGUUCGCCUCUGGAAUUUAACACGCAUCAGCAGUAUACUUCCUUCCUGCCCAAAUAAUUAAAUCAGACUUAAGGGGCCAAUUUAAUAUUGCGAGAAGCAGGGUCGCGUUGAAUCACGCGCCAUGCCCGUGGUCAAAGGAGGUGUUUGGACGAACAUCGAGGAUGAGGUGCUUCGUGCAGCGGUUUCCAAAUAUGGUCUGAACCAGUGGGCGCGAGUCUCCUCGCUUUUAGCGAGAAAGACCCCAAAACAGUGCAAGGCGCGAUGGGUAGAAUGGCUUGAUCCCGGCAUCCGCAAGGUCGAAUGGUCGAGAGAGGAGGAUGAAAAGCUGUUGCACCUGGCAAAAUUGAUGCCAACACAAUGGCGCACAAUUGCCCCCAUCGUGGGAAGGACCGCAACACAGUGCCUGGAGAGAUAUCAGAAACUACUAGAUGAAGCCGAAGCUCGUGAAAACGAUGAGCUGGGACUGGGAGGUCCUGAAGGUGGAGAGACGGCCGCGCCGAGUGCAGACGACGUCAGACGGUUAAGACCUGGUGAAUUAGACCCUGAUCCUGAAUCGAAGCCAGCUCGCCCCGACACUAUCGACCUCGAUGAAGAUGAGAAGGAAAUGUUGAGCGAGGCACGUGCACGUUUGGCAAACACCCAAGGAAAGAAGGCGAAGCGCAAGGCUAGAGAACGACAGUUGGAGGAAUCGCGCCGGCUUGCAGUCCUCCAAAAACGCCGUGAAUUGAAAAAUGCCGGCAUCAACAUCAAAGUUGUUACUCGCAAACAGGGUGAAAUGGAUUACAACGCCGACAUUCCUUUCGAGAAACCGGCAGCGCCUGGGUUUUAUGACACCAUGGAUGAGGAAGCUCGGAAUGAACGACAACGUGAAAUGUUUGAUCCUCGGAAACAACAACUUGCAAAUAAACGAAAAGGAGAUCAGGAUGAUGAUGCUGAGCGAAAGAAGAGAAAAGGCGAUAAAAAUGGCAAUGCCGCUGCAUCUGCUGCUGCUGCGAGAGCUGGUCAAAUGCAAAAAAUCCGUGAAGCAGAGCAGAGCAGCAAACGGCGCGCACUUGUCUUGCCAUCCCCGCAAGUCAGUGAAGGUGAAAUGGAAGAUAUCAUCAAAAUGGGGAUGGCUGGCGACAAGGCUAGCAAGCUUUCUGGGGACGAAGAAACUACACGAGGUUUGAUUGGAAACUACACUUCUAUGGUGGGUGGGACACCGAUCAGAACACCUCGAGCUCCCCCAGAAGAGGAUCACAUUGCAAAUGAAAUCCGGAACAUCAGAGCUUUGACUGAAACUCAAUCAUCAUUGCUUGGAGGAGAAAACACCCCUCUUCAUGAGGGAGGCUCAUCUACCGGAUUCGACGGUAUCGCACCUCGACGGCAGCAAAUCGUUACACCUAAUCCCAUGGCUACCCCCUUUCGACAGGCCAACGGUGUAGGUGCAACACCGAUGCGAGGUGCUGGACCUGGAGAAACCCCUCUUCGUACCCCUCGUGAUCAUUUCGCUUUGAAUAAGGAUAUGGAAGGCCAGCUCAUUGGGGCCACGCCAAGAGAUAUUAAAAUACAUGAGAAGUCUAUGCGCCAGGACAUUCGCAGCAAGCUUUCUGCGCUUCCAAAGCCCAAAGAAACUGAAUGGGAACUGGAGGAGCUUCCCUCGGAAACUGCAGAGCCAACUUUAUCUACGGAGAUCACGGAAGAGGAUGCGGCCGAGCGUGAUAGAAGGGAAAACGAGGCGCGGGAAAAAGCUGCUCAGGCUGAACUCAAACGGCAAUCUCAAGUCUACCAACGGGCAUUGCCCAGGCCAAGUGUCCUUGAUCUCAACGAGCUGAUGCAACGGGCCUCCCAAGUCAUGGAUCCUAUUGGUGGCAUCAUUGCCAAAGAGGCCGCACUCCUCAUUGCUCAUGAUGCCCGGAAGUUUCCUAUUCAGGGUGCCAAGGUCGAAGGAAAGGCACGGAAACUAGAUCGGCUUGAUGAUGGACUGCUUGAAGCAGCCCGUGCAGCCAUUGCGACCGAGGCUUCGGGUGCUUCUGACAAACAGAAAGAGUGGCAAGAACUUUUUGACACUUGCUGGUCUUCAACCCGCACCGACUCGUUGCCAGGUCUUUCCAAUUAUGUUGAUGAUGAGGAAGAGGAUGCUUAUCAACAAGAACAGCGCAUGGUCGGCGCGUUUGACAAUGUGCAGGCCUCUUUGCUGGCUACGGCCGAACGCGGUAACAAGCUUGAGAAGAAGCUUGCCCUACAUUAUGGUGGUUAUCAGAACCGUGCAAAGAUGCUUCGAAAUAAGAUCAUUGAGGCCAGCACUGCUCUAGAAAAGUCCAAGGAUGAGUUGGAUGCUUUCCGUACCCUUCAGAUCUCCGAGGAAUCGGCGGUUUCCAGAAGGCUUGAGAAACUGCGGGACGAUGUGGCUUUUGUUUCGAGAAGGGAACGUGAGGCCCAGGAAGUCUAUAGAGGCCGAAAGGACGAGCUCGAUGAGCUUGUUUCUGGGAUGGGCGCAAUAAAUCGAUUUUCAAACACCAUGGGCGUCCGGGAUGCUCACGGGGAGGCCACGGGGACGCCAGACCCCGUUGAAAAGGGCUUCGCCACCCUCAAUACCAUAAGGAUCGGUGUCAAGGCCAUGGUGCAGAAGGAUGGUGAACUACGAAAAGCAGAAAUAUUGUCUAUAAAACAACGCAAGGAUGGGCCCGCUUUUUACGUCCAUUAUGUCGACUUCAACAAACGUCUUGAUGAGUGGGUUGCCGCAGCAAGAAUUGAUUUAUCUCACGAGGUUGAAUGGCCUCAGCCCGAGAAGCCUGAGAAAAAGAAGACUGGCGCUGGUAACAAAGCACCUAGCAAGAAUACCCAAAAGCGACCAAGAGCCGACAGUCGUGAUGUUUCGGCAACACCAGAUCUCCUCACAGGCAAAAAUGUGAAUAUUGGAAAGGCGCAACGUCCAUCGAAAGCAGGUGGGAAAGAAAACCGUGGCGAUGAUACCCCUGUGAACCUGUCUAUGAUAGGCUCCGAAGUUGUCUCUGUAGAUGGUACUCCCAAGCCAGAAUCUGAAGAUGUCGACAUGAUUGACGCCACUAUAUCUGAGGCAAAGGCCAUUAAAGAGGAAGAAAAGGCCCAGGGGCUCAUGUCACGAGAAGAGGAAAUCGAGAGGCUGCGUACAAGUGGCAGUAUGACACAAAACCCGACAGAGAUUCACCGCGUGCGUAACCUGAACCGUCUACAAAUGGGCAAAUUUGAUAUCGAGCCGUGGUACUUCUCGCCAUACCCUGCAUCGUACUCUGACGUGGAUAUGGUGUACAUUGAUGAAUUCUGUUUGAGCUAUUUCGACAAUAAGCGUGCUUUUGAGCGACACCGUGCUAAGUGCACCCUGGUUCACCCUCCGGGAAACGAGAUCUAUCGUGAUGACUACAUAUCCUUUUUUGAAGUCGAUGGUCGACGUCAAAGAACCUGGUGUCGUAAUCUGUGUCUUCUGAGCAAAUUGUUCCUGGAUCACAAGACUCUCUACUACGAUGUCGACCCUUUCCUUUUCUACUGCAUGUGCACACGAGAUGAAACUGGCUGCCAUCUGGUUGGCUACUUUUCUAAAGAAAAGGACUCCGCGGAAGGCUAUAACUUGGCCUGUAUUCUAACACUCCCUCAGUACCAACGCCGCGGCUUCGGACGGUUGCUUAUCUCUUUCAGUUAUGAACUAAGCAAGCGAGAGGGCAAGCUUGGCUCUCCAGAGAAGCCGCUCAGUGAUCUUGGGCUGUUGGGUUACCGGCAAUACUGGCGAGAAACUCUCGUGGAGUUGCUCGUGGAACCAGGACGCGAGUCAAUGAGCGAAAAUGAACUUGCUAUCUUGACAUCAAUGACAGAAAAAGACGUUCAUGAAACUUUGGUCGUCUUUAAUAUGCUCAGAUAUCAUCUCCGUGUUCGUAAAAUGUCGCUAACAGCUUCACAGAAAGGAAACUGGGUCAUCGUGUUGACCGAUUAUGCCAUCGAGGACCGUAACAAACGAUUAGAGAAGGAAAGAGUCAAAGGCUCACGCAAAAUCGACCCCGCACGCCUUCAGUGGAAGCCACCCGUUUUCACUGCAUCUAGCCGGACAUGGAACUGGUGA